UAUCUGAUCAUUGUACAGUUACUCAAAGUCAUCCAGAAUGGUCAUACAAAAAAUCACCGCGCUCUUAUGCAUUGCAACAGUGGUGCAUUCUGCAGAAAAGUGUUGGAUGUGUAACGAUGUUACCGAUGUCACUAUCUGUAGGAAUACUACAUUAACAUGCGGUGCUGACGAGGAAUGUUUUCUUGAAAAAAUAGUGAACAAUCAUGGGGAAACAAGAUAUAAUGCUGGAUGCCGGUCUCAUACAGUUUGCAGAGUCAUGCAAAGUCUGGCACAAGGACGAAGAAGUUUGGAUCCAUGUGCACAAUGCUGUACCGGACUAAAUUGCCAGGACCAACUGUGUGGACUUGGCCUUAAUACUGUUUCGACGUACGAGUGUCUGCACUGUGACCGUGUUUCUAGCGCUCAUUCCUGUACUCAACGUAUACAUUGCCAGGAUACCGAGGUUUGUAGUAACAACUUAUUUGUUGACGCAAAUUUACUACGAUAUUCAUUUGGAUGCAUGUCGAAAUCGACUUGUGCAGCAUUUGCACAUAACGGUCGUUCUGUAGAACGAGAUGGAUUACUUAUGUGCAGUUCAUGUUGUAUCGGAGAUUUAUGUAACAAGAACGAUUGCUUUACACUGAAACAAAGUAUGACACCAGGCAUGUUUGGACCAUAACUUUAUCGUUCAAGUGCAAAGUCUUUUCAUAAAAACACACAAA